AUUGUAAGUAUGUCCAACAAGAUAACAAUAGAUGCAUAUUAGAGGAUUACCUCUGAUCCACUUCUUUGUUUAGUCAACUUCGUUCGUGAUCCGAACGAAAAAAAUACAGAUCAGAGAUUGUCUUCCAAGCUCCAGAAGAAGAAGAAAAAGAAUGGGUUCACUUCCGUACGGCGACGUGGAGAACAGUCUGAGAGCAUUGGCUGGUCGGGCCGAGGGUUUUGGAAGAUUCGCCAUGGGCGGGCUGCACGGGCCGCUCUACUUCGUCACAAAUUUAUCCGAUGAUGGUCCAGGAUCACUUCGGGAGGGAUGCCGGAGAAAAGAACCAUUGUGGAUUGUUUUUGAAGUUUCAGGUACAAUUCAUCUUGCUUCAUACUUGAGUGUAUCAUCUUAUAAGACGAUUGAUGGCCGGGGCCAGAGAGUUAAGCUUACCGGGAAAGGGUUGAGAUUGAAGGAAUGUGAACAUAUAAUUGUAUGCAAUCUAGAGUUUGAAGGUGGUAGAGGACAUGAUGUUGAUGGCAUUCAAAUAAAGCCAAAAUCUAGACACAUAUGGAUAGAUCGAUGCAGCCUUAGUGAUUUUGAUGAUGGGCUCAUUGAUAUCACGAGACAAAGCACCGAUAUUACAGUUUCUAGAUGUUAUUUUUCUCGGCAUGAUAAGACAAUGCUUAUUGGAGCAGACCCCUCUCAUGUCGAAGAUAGAUGCAUUCGAGUGACCAUUCACCAUUGUUUUUUUGAUGGGACAAGGCAAAGACAUCCUCGCCUUAGAUUCGGGAAGGUUCAUCUAUACAAUAAUUACACCAGAAAUUGGGGCAUUUAUGCAGUUUGUGCUAGUGUAGAAUCCCAGAUAUACUCCCAAUGCAACAUAUAUGAAGCAGGACAGAAGAAAAAGACCUUUGAAUACUAUACAGAGAAGGCAGCAGAUAAGCCAGAAGCAAAGUCUGGCGUAAUAAUAUCUGAAGGAGACUUGUUCCUAAAUGGAGCACAAGCAUGCUUAUUGACCGAAGUGGGGGAUGAUCAUGUUUUCCACCCAAGUGCAUAUUAUCCGACAUGGACAAUGGAAGCAACCUCAGAUUCUUUAAAGGAUGUUCUCAGAAUUUGUACGGGUUGGCAAUCCAUUGCUCGACCAGCAGACCUUAUGGUAGCGACAUAGCUUUUUAAUAUCGUCUUUGUGCAUGCAUCUUGAAUAUGCGGUGACAUUUAAAUGCAUUCAUUUGUGUUUUGAUUUUUCCUUGGGAAAAAAAUUAUACAAUUAUGGAAAGUUUUGGCUGCAAAAAACCAUUAUCAGAAUAUAAUUAAUGUAGUGUGUGUAACUAUGUAUUUAAUAUUGUUUCAGAACUCGUCAGUUUGCUUGA